GAGAAUUUCUCUGGCCUUCUUUGGUUGAUCAUGUCUGUAUUUGCAACUCUAGUUUUUUAUGUUUUUUUUUGUACAAAGGAAGCAAAACUAUAGCUUAAUCACGGGGAACAGUGCUUCGGAAAUGUCUCCGUGCAGAAUCAAAUGAAUACCAGUUGGUGGUUCUAUGAAGAUUGUAGUCCCCAGCGGAAGUUCAUGACCUAGGGAAGCCAUGAAGGCUGCAGCAUAGUUCCCUUUUCUAAGCGUAUGUAAAACAAUGCAAGUAGGCAAGGAAUCUAACAGAGUGAAGAUAUCUAUAAGCAAGGACAAAGCUGCGCCGUCAACCGACUUGCAAGCCUUGAUCAUUUGAACUGCCAUGAGGUUAUCUAUUUCCACAGUCAACUGUUGUAGUCCGAGGGAUAAGACCAGUUUCAAACGCUCUUGACAACCCCAAAGCUCAGCUAAAAAACUAGAAGUGAGUCCAAUAUUGGUGGUGAAACCUUGUACCCAUUUGCCAUUGUAAUCUCUAAUUAAUGAGUCCACCAGCAUGCAGUACGUUGCACGACCUAUAGCACGGUUCAUAGAGCCACGUGUAUUAAGCUUCAAAGUGGGAAAAGGAGGAGGCAGCCAUCUCACCCAAUGUGGGAUUGGAGCAUGCAGAAUCAGCUAAGUACACAAGGCAAACUGCAUAUCUAAGGGAUGAGAGCAAGCAAGAGAGUAAGCAAGAGAGUAAACGAUAUUGGGAUGGAUUCGUACCUCUUCAAAGAUGAAUUUGUUUCUACUCUUCCAAAGACCCCAAAUAGUAGAUAAGAAAGAGCAGAACCAAGAGACUGUAUGUGGUCUAGAGUUGCCCCGACCCUCAACAUUCUUCCUUAUCCAAUCAUUGAAGAAAUCUAUUGGUAACAAUGAGCCAAAAGCCUCCCAAACUAAUCUUGAAUAGAAGCAAUCUCGUAAGAGGUGAAUGGGAGUCUCCAGAGCUAGCUUGUUCACAUCGGAGGCACAUAGGGGUGGGAGCAAAAUGCCUUUCAAAUUAAUCUUAUGGAAUUGGUAAGGACCCUACCACGCCUGAGAAGCCACACAAACAUUUUGAUUCUUUCUGAACAAUCUAAUUUCCAAAUCUAGCGCCAUUGUGAUGGUUGAGGUGUUGGAGCAGAACGUUGUUGUUGAAUCAAUAAAAAAGCAAAUUUGGUGGAGAAAUCCCCAUUUGUGAUGACAUGCCAGUAGAUUCUAUCAUCUAGCCCUACAAAAAUAGGAAUAGGUAUGUGAUGCACCAAAUACGCACUAAUUUUAGGCAAGUGAACCUAAUCGAUUAUGCAGUAUAAGAUGAGUAAGAUAUCGUUCCCUCGAAGACUAUCCUACACUACCAAGACCCUAUUAAUCUAACCUAAGUUGAAUUAACCAAUUAAUGAGGAAAACUAAACUAUUUAAAAGAAAACUAAGUCAACUAAAGAAAAUUAAACUAAAGAAUUUUUUAAGUUAAAGAAAACUAUGAAUGAAAAGGAACUAAGGUUUGGAUUUCAUUUAAUUCUGAAUUAUGCAACUAUUUCAUUAAUUUAAUUCAAGUUCAAAUAAUAAUGUUAUUGCAUGAGA